AUGGAUUUAUUUUUGAAGAGAGAGGGCUCCAUAACAAGUAACCAAAAUGUUUGCCACCGCAACUUUUUGAACCCUUUCCAAGACGCUCUCUACGAAUACGAUGCCUACUUAAGAUUAGAAACUUCUGCUACAAUUUCGUCUUUGAGCCACAAUUAUGUGCCUUAUGUAGGUAAUGGCUUAUUGGGAUUAGCCUUAGAACAUGACUCACAUAUAAACAUCAAAUAUGGAAGAACAUUAUCAUUGCCUGUAUUUUACCAUCCUUUAUAUAUAGUCGAGGAUUUAGAUAUGAAAGAGUCGACAUUAGUGGAUUACAAUAAUGGUAUCGUGCACAGAUUUCAAUGUAGCAGUACAGGUUUACAUGUUUCAUAUCAAUAUUAUGCACAUAGAACUAUCCCUUCUUUAUUUGUUCAAGAAAUUAUGGUAACUAACCCCUUAAAUGUACCUAAAAGCUUACAUUUGACAGUACCUAGAUUAUCUGAUUGGCCUACGUCUGUGAAACAAACAAUAAAACUUCAUCAAGGUGUUGAUGCUAAGGAAUAUGAGGUUGUAACAGGUAUGAUAGAAUUGCCAGAAAGUGAAAAUGUAAUAGCCGUAUCAGUUGUGUGUAGAAAAGUUAGGAAUGUCAUUCAAGUUGAAGCUAAAGAUGUUUUGUAUCUUUUAGUUCUAACUACAAUACAAUACAGUAAACCCAUUAAAAAAAUAGAUUAUGCUAAACAAAAAGACGUUGUGGAAAAGAAAGCUAUUGAAGAAAUGGAAAAGGUUAUAUCAUUAACAGGAGACACAGUUGCUGUGAGAAAUCUAAGGGAUAACCACGCAAGAGUAUGGCAAGGUCUUAGGUAUACAGGCUUUUAUAUAUCAGAUUCAAAAGCUGACGGUGUUAUCAAUGGAGAUCAAAUUAAUGCUACAAUUUAUGCGAUCCUUUCACAAGUCAGAAGUUAUGAGCAUGAAGAGCAUAUCAAACAAACCACUAAAUCUGAAAUUCUCCGAACACUCACAUAUUCUGAAGGAUGCUAUGAAGGUCAUUCAACGUUAGAUGCCUUUAAUUUAUGGAAACCAUUAAAUAGCCUCACAAAUUUAAAUAAUGUAGCAAGUAUUUGGCUUUUGACACUAGAAAAACAGGGGUGCCACAACCUACUAAAAGCUGGGGCUAGUGGGGUGAACCAAGCUAUGAUACUUAGUUUUGGAAGCUUGAGAUUUAGUAACCAACAUCUUGAAUAUAAUAUUCAUCCUUCAAAACUGCAUCGAGACUUCCUUUUCCGUAGAGUAAACUAUGGAAACAUGACACAUGUCAACAUAAGUGUAAUAUUACAAGAAGACAAUAAGGCAGCUAUAUUUGUAGCUUUAGAUCGUUCUGAUAAAACAUAUUAUGCCUGUGACGCUGGUUGCUUGGAUUCUCCGGUGCAACUAGGUCCUUAUAGAAAAUAUUUCCCAGUGAAAUUAACAGAACCUUUAACUGCUCUAUUAUAUAUAACAGCAGAUAAACAACAUAUGGAAGACUUACGACAUGCUAUUCAUGUGCAUGAAGUAGUAGAGGCACCUGCUCAUGAACACCAUGUCAUUGCAUUACACAGACAUGGCCACAGUCUCGGUGGACUCAACCCAUUGUUUUGGGUCUCCAUUAUACUUUUAAUAGUUAUUUUCCACUUAUUCCUCUGUAGGAUUAUAAUGAACGAGUUUUGUGAGAGUGGCACAAAUAUUAGCUACAAAAGAUUAUAUAAUAAAGCU